GACCCCUCCCACCUGCCGCCCGGGCUCUCCCACUCCCUCGGUCCUGACGUCAGGAGGCAGGAGUGUGGGGACCCACUACACACCCACCCGCCCGCACCAAAUAUUUUAAAUUCAUCAGGAAGCUGUUAGUAGUCUCAGUGCAAGAGAGGGAGGCAGCAGCAGCAGCAGCGGCAGCAGGAGGGUGGGGAAAGCCCAGGGCUCUGCUGGAGGAUUCUGCUGGCCGCAAGGGUCACAAAAAGAGCAGUUGUUUCUGCUCUUGCUUCUUACAGAACACAGAAAAGACCACAACAUGUCAUCUGAUCAAACUUCCCAUUCUGCCGUGCCACCUCUUCAUUCUCCAAAGUCGCCUGUAUGGCCUACUUUCCCCUUUAACCGGGAGGGAAGCAGGAUCUGUGAAAGGGGUAGCCACCUUCUUCGGGAUUUACCUAGUCCCCUUCCCACCAAAAGAACCAGGACAUACUCUGCGACGGCUCGUGCCUCUGCUGGUCCUGUCUAUAAGGGUGUAUGCAAACAGUUUUCACGGUCCCAGGGCCAUGGCUUCAUCACCCCAGAGACGGGUGCAGAGGAUAUAUUUGUCCAUGUGUCUGACAUUGAGGGGGAGUAUGUCCCAGUAGAAGGAGAUGAGGUCACAUACAAAAUCUGCCCCAUCCCACCAAAGAAUCAGAAGUUCCAGGCUGUGGAGGUGGUGCUCACCCACUUAGCUCCACACACAAAGCAUGAAACAUGGUCUGGUCAGAUAAUUGGUUCAUAAACUGCCUUUUUUGUUUUUUUGAAGCCUGUCGGCCAACUCCACCAGGAAGUGGAGUUGGGUGGUGGUGCGGGUGAUGCAACAGCUGCAGAAGCGAUGGAAGAGAAGCCAGGCUGGCAAUUCUUGUUUCCAGUGUGACAUGUUUGCGUUUAUAUCUUGUUUUUUUUCUAAGAUUUACCUUUGUUUGCAACUGUAAAUUUUUUCAAGAUGAUAAGCAGGAAGUUAGGAAAGAGCUGUGGAGUGGACUUCCUCUUAUGUGUCUUAAUUGUAUCUAUUUGGGCAAAAAUCAAAGCUCCUAUUUUGUGUUUGUGUGUGUGUCCAUUCAGAAAGACUGGUAUCUUGCUGCUACCCUGAACACAUUCAAAAA